CUCUGCAUUCCUUCCCUCUUGUCAAACCUACCAAACAGCAGCUAGCUCUCCAUUCAGGAAGAAACGGGUCAGAUUAGCUUAGCUAGCUAGUGCUGAAUAUCUUUAUAUUUCAAACAUGGCGUCUGUGAACCCGUUUAAUCUCAGUGACUCUGAAGAAGAGGCUGAACGGCGACCGAAUGAAACACUUGACACAGAGAGGAGCCCGAGUGACGGGGCGCCCGGGCCGCCGCUAGGUAACGCCGAGCCUCCGACGCUCCUGCUGUCCAGCACCCGGACCAGCCCGAGCGGGGAGGGCACCGCGGUCUCGGUCUCUGCAUCCUCCGCUAUGGCAGGCAGCGCUGAGACCCGGGUCUCUGUGGACGUGAUAGCAGCUCAGCUCUUACGGGACCAGUAUGUCCUCACGGCCCUGGAGCUUCACACUGAGCUGCUGGAGGCGGGCAGGGAGCUCCCGAGACUGAGGGAUUAUUUCUCCAACCCGGGCAACUUCGAGCGACAGAGCGGCACCCCGCCUGCCAAAGACCAGGUGCUCGGACCUGGAGGACCUCUGAAUCGCGCAGGCAGCAUCAGCACCUUGGACUCUCUGGACUUUGCCCGAUACUCGGAUGACGGCAACAGAGAAACAGACGAGCGGGUGGCAGUGCUGGAGUUUGAGCUACGGAAAGCAAAGGAGACCAUUCAGGCUCUGCGCGCCAACUUGACUCAGGCAGCAGAGAGUGAAGUGCCCUCUCAGGAGAGAAAAAACUUCAAGUCAAGCCCUGAAAUUCAGGAGCCCAUACGCCCACUGGAGAAAAGAGCCUUAAACUUCCUUGUGAAUGAAUAUUUAUUAAAGAAUGAAUACAAGUUGUCAGCCAUCACCUUCUCGGAUGAAAAUGACGAUCAGGACUUUGAGUUGUGGGAUGAUGUCGGCCUCAACAUCCCAAAACCUCCCGACCUGCUACAGCUCUACAGGAACUGUGGUGCCCCCCUCCCUUCUCCUCGGGACACAGCUGAUGUGUCAGUGGGGGUCGAUUUUGGGGAUUUCCCGGGAAACUGCAUCUCCCAGGAUCCCCCAAAGAAGCCUGACCUAUCACAGCAGCAGCAGACAGAAGUCGUGGAAGAGUUGGAGUAUCAGAUCAGCCUCCUCAACAAUGAGAAGCAGAGUUUUGCAGAGCAGAUCAAGAAGCUGCAGAGUGAGAUACAGACACUACAGAGGACCGUCUCCUCCCCUCCAACCACUCUGGACCUGGGCUCCCAGAACACCUUGAAUACCUCCUCCUCCUCGACCACUGCUCCCUGCACUGACCAUCACUCAGUGCCUCCGACAGAUAACGGUCAGUAUCUGGACAUCCGGGGCGUUUCAGAAGCUGACAAUGUCGCAGGCCCCACCUCAAAUCAGAACGCAUCACAGCCCCACCCGCAGCCCCACAACAAGCUAAGAAGUCGACCUCCUGUGCAGUUUGAUCAACCCAACAGGAAGCUAUCCCCGGCCUUCCAGCAAGCCUUGCUGUCCUUCUGCAGAAUGUGCUCCGACAGCCGCCUGGGAGCAGAGGUGUCUCGUAUAGCCGACAGCGAGGAGAGUGUGAUGUUGAUGCUCGGCCGCUGUCUCCCUCACAUUGUCCCAAAUGUCCUUCUGGCAAAAAGAGAGAGAAUGGUUGCACAUCUUUGCCAGGAGUUGAUCCCCCUCAUCCUGUGCACCGCCUGCCUUCACCCAGAGCCUAAAGAGCGAGACCAGCUUCUCCACAUCCUAUUUAACCUCAUCAAGAGACCGGAUGAUGAGCAGAGACAAAUGAUCUUGACGGGCUGUGUUGCGUUUGCGAGACACGUGGGUCCCACUCGGGUCGAGGCUGAGCUACUUCCUCAGUGCUGGGAACAGAUUAACCACAAAUAUCCAGAGAGAAGAUUGUUGGUGGCAGAAUCCUGUGGAGCCUUAGCACCGUACCUGCCUAAGGAGAUCCGGAGCUCCUUGGUGUUGUCCAUGCUGCAGCAGAUGCUCGCUGAGGAUAAGGCUGACAUGGUUAGAGAGGCGGUGGUCAAGAGUCUGGGUAUCAUCAUGGGUUACAUAGACGACCCGGACAAGUACUCCCAGGGUUUUGAGCUGAUGCUGCUGUCACUCGGGGACCCGUCAGAGCGGGUGGUCAGUGCCGUCCACCAGGUCUUCAUUCCUGCCUUUGCUGCCUGGACCACAGAGCUAGGCACCCUGCAAAAUUCACUCAUCCCCUCUCUGAUGACACGUAUAGAGAAACUACUCACGCAAGGAGAACAUGGUCUGGAUGAACACAAGCUGCAUGUCUUCCUGUCGGCCCUGCAGUCACUCAUCCCUCCUCUGUUUGCUGUGGUGCUGCAGAAUGCACCCUUCACCAGCAGAGCCAAACUCCACGGGGACAUACCUGCAAUAGAGGUGACCCGGUUCCCCAGGCCGGUUUCCCCGCUGCAGGACGUGGCAACAAUCAUUGGUAGUAGAGAAAUGCUGAGUGCGCUGCUGCUACUCUACGACCACCAGCUAGAGCAUGAAGGCACCACGGGAUGGGACAGCUUGUUAUGGGUGGUCAACCAACUCCUCCCUCAGCUCAUAGAGAUUGUCGGUCGGAUCAACGUGACGUCAUCAACCUGCGUGCACGAGUUCUCACGCUUUUUCUGGAGGUUCUGUCGCACCUUCGGGAAGAUUUUCACCAACACUAAGGUCAAACCACAGUUCCAAGAGAUCCUCCGAUUAUCUGAGGAGAAUGUUGAUGCUUCAGAAGGGAACGACAUCCUCACCAAAGCCACAGUCCCUAUCUAUGCCACUGGAGUGCUGACGUGCUAUAACCAGGAGGAGGAUCGCAAGCUGUUGGUGGGUUUCCUGGAGGAUGUUAUGACGACGCUGUCUCUGUCCCAUGCACCUCUGGACAGCUUAAAGGCCUCCUUUGUAGAGCUGGGUGCCAACCCGGUGUACCAUGAACUGCUGCUGACAGUCCUGUGGUACGGGGUGGUCCAUACCUCAGCACUGGUCCGGUGUACUGCAGCACGGAUGUUUGAGCUGCUGGUGAAGGGGGUGAAUGAGACGCUGGUAGCUCAGAGAGUGGUGCCGGCUCUCAUCACACUGUCCUCCGACCCUGAAAUCUCAGUCAGGAUAUCCACCAUCCCUGCCUUCGGUACCAUCAUGGAGACUGUCACACAGAAAGAGCUGCUGGAGCGUGUAAAAAUGCAGCUGGCGUCUUUCCUGGAAGACCCUCAGUACCAGGAUCAGCACUCUUUGCACAUGGAGAUCAUCAGGACGUUUGGAAGGGUCGGACCCAACGCAGAGCCGCGCUUCAGAGACGAGUUUGUGCUGCCACAUCUUCACAAACUGGCGUUAGGUAACAACAGUCAGGCGACGGAGAGCAAGAGAAUCGACAUCGCCACCCAGCUGUUUGAAGCCUACAGCGCUCUCUCCUGCUGCUUCAUAUCAGAGGAGGUGAUGGUCAACCACUUCCUGCCGGGCCUCAGGUGCCUCCGUGUCGACAUGGAGCAACUUUCCCCUGAGCACGAGGUUAUUCUGAGUUCUAUGAUCAAAGAGUGUGAAAUCAAGGUGGAAAACAGGGGAAUGGCAGACGCACAAGGCUCCAUGUCCAUCGCCUCCAGUUUGGUGGGUGAGGACGCAAAAACCAAGUUCCUGAGUAAGAUGGGUCAGCUGACCACCUCUGGCGCCAUGCUGGCCAACGUCUUCCAGAGAAAGAAGUGACCGCACACUGACUGAUCGAACACUGCGACAUACGGACGAGGCUCUGCUGUCUGUGGGAACGCUUUAUAUCACUGGAAACAUCAGGUUCAGCGUACGGUAGAGGAAAAACAAAAGUACUGUUUGGUUUCAAGACAUGGAGGUGUGUUGAAGUCAUGAUUUUUAGUCUCCUUUGCAGCGGGAACACGUGCCCUCUAACGAUGAACAGCAAUGUUUUUUUGCAGUGCAAGCCGAGGUUUCCCCCUCCGCUUCGUAUUCCUGUCCUCCAUCUGUAAUUAUGACGAACGCGUUCUUAAGGACUCUCGUGAAUCCGUGUCGACACUGUCAUUUCAAAGAGAGAGAAUGAACAGUACUGAGAUUCACCCCAAAGUGAGAAGAAGGGACUUGAUUCUUGGACAGUUCUGGACUCGUGAGUAUCGCAGAAUUUAACUUCAGUGCAGAACUUCUCUCAUCAGAAGAGCUUCAGAAAAAGAAGCUCCGAGCACCGCCUGCUGGAUUUUAUUUCGACAUUUUAAGCGCCAUUUUGGAGGGAAACGUCCUGCGACACAUUCGCUGUGAGUCCUGACAGACGACGAGACGGCUGUAAAGAAUGCCUCGUGCAGUGAAUCUGCACGGCUCAGAUGUAUCGCCUACUUGAAGUUAUAAAAAAGUCUUGCCUUUAUUUCUUCAAAGUCUGUCUUUUGUUGUUUUUUUUUGAUAGCUUCUAUUUUAUAACUUAUUUAUGUCUUAAUGAAGGAAAAACAUACCUUAUUCCGACUUCCAAAGAAAUUUGCACUUCACUUUACUGUUUUCGUUCUGUAUUAUAAGUCUGUAUAUCUGUUUUAAUUCAGAGUCUUAUAUGAAAUGAAUAUUGUCACUACUGUUAAUGGAGUUCUUUUUGGUUUGUCUGUUUUGCAGCGUGUGUGUGGAGAAAACACUGAUCAUAAUUCCUCCUCUCUGUGCGUUGCAUCUCGUCUCUCUGUGUUGCAGUGUCUCUGAAGACUGUGUUUUUUUCUAAAGUGGGUAUUUGGUUCUGUUCGAUUGUUUUUUCUUAUUCAGUACGCUCUGAGAGAAAUACCUGUAUCAUACACUGAACCCAGGAGGACGGUACUCAUUAUGUAUAUUUGAAAUUGGUGUCAUGGUGUAAUAAAAGAUGAAGAACA